AAAACCUGAAGAUUACAACCACCAACAACUCCAUCACCACCGGUCGUAUCUGGGGCCCAACAGCGAUGGCCGUCGGGGUCACCAGCGUUCGGCAAGCUGCCGACGAGGAGGCUCGGGCCGAAGUGGACGUUCUCAACUCGCGUCUAGAGAAGACAACGCAAUUGACCAAAAAGAUCCAGGCGUGUCUCGGCAGGCUCGAGGCGACAGGGAAGAGUGUACGCGAUGUGGCGGGCCCGUUGAGCGGGGAGACCAAGAAGCUUCAAGUCCUUGGAAGCAACAUCGAAGCAGUGCUAACAGCCAUCGAACGCUUGCGGCAGCCCGCCGACAGCAAAAACGAUGAGGAACAAAUUAUCCGUAUGGGCCCCGACAAGGCUGGCCUCCCUAACUACCUGGCCUCCAUAAAGCGCCUGAACAAGGCCCUCAGCGACAUGAAGGCCUCGAAUCUCCGGUCGACACAACAGACGGUUGCCGAACUCCAGCGGCUAGUUAAGCUAGGAAAUACCCAACUCGAAAACUCGUUCGACAAACUUCUCCGGAACGAGACCCCCCGGGCGCUUGAGCCGUUGCACUUCAUCACUAAGAACAAGCCAUUCCCCGUACUGACGCAGGAUAAGCUUGCGAGGCUGGGCCUGAUGAACUCAUUUGUCGCCGGGGUGUAUCGGCAGAGUAAUCCCGCCGGAGCGCCCCAGGACUCGCCAAUAGCAAAGAUAUACAUUGAAAUCCGGUCACAGUACCUUUCGUCUGCAUUGGUAAACCUCGCGACGGCGAGCACGAGCACAGCCAAGAAAAAGAACCCAGACGCAAUUUACCGGGCCGGGACGAAUGGGAUUGGGACGUACGCCCAGGCGAUGGAAGGUUUGUUCGUCGCCGAGUACGAGAAUAUCUGCAACAUUUUCACAAGGGAAGACUGGGGCCCAGUGUUGGAGGCGACGUGUCAAUCGUCGCUGGUGGAGUUUGGGAGGACACUGCGGGAGCUCAAUAGCCACAUCAAGGCACACCUGACGACCGACUGCUACCUAGCGUACGAGAUCGUCGAGAUCAUUUCGCAGCUGUCGAACAAUCUCGAGAGGAGGACGGGCGAACUCAAGAGCUCGCUGGCGGCAUCCCUCAAGCCGGUCCGGGAUACAGCCAAGUCCUCGCUCGCCGAGCUCCUAGAGGACACCAAGAGGAGAAUCAACAGUUUACAGUCCCUUCCGUUGGAUGGCGCGCCGAUGCCGAUCGUGUCCGAGACGAUGCAGCGGUUGCAGACCAUGGUGGACUUCCUUCGCCCCAUCUCGAGCAUCAUGGUUUCACUGGGAGACGGGGGCUGGAAGUCGGCCGUCUCAUCACGGGGCGGAGCCAGCGACGCCAUUCCCAGCCUUGCGUCCUUUGACAUUGGCGCCGAUGGCAAGGAAAUCUUUGCACACUACUGCACUGACACCAUCGAGGCGCUCAUGAUGGGGCUCGAGGCCCGCGCCCGGCUGCUCCUCCAGAAGAAGCCCGUUAUGGGGGUCUUCCUGGCCAACAGCGUAGUCAUCAUUGAGCGCAUGAUCCAAACCUCGGAGCUCGCCGGUUUGCUCCAGAAUCGCGCCGGCGUGCUCGAGACGUGGCGUAAGAAGGCCGCCAGCCUCUACGCCGACACAUGUAAAGACGUCAGCAUGCACCUGUUCGACGUGAUCCACACGAGCCGCAGCGGCGGGGGCGGGGGCGGUGGGCGGCCGACGUCGGGCCAGGGCGGCGCCAUGGUGGACUCAGCGUCGAUCCUCAAGAGCCUGUCGUCCAAGGACAAGGAGAGCAUCAAGAACAAGUUUGCCGCCUUCAACGCGUCGUUCGACGACAUGGUGCUCCGCCACAAGGGCUACACCAUGGAGCGCGAGGUCCGCCAGAUGUUCGCCAAGGACAUGCAGACCAUGAUUGAGCCGCUCUACAACCGCUUCUGGGACCGCUACCACGAGGUCGACAAAGGUAAGGGCAAGUACGUCAAGUACGACAAGUCGGCCUUCGCCGCCGUCUUCCAGACCCUCUACUGAUUUGUCGUCGUCCUGGCUGGCUUGGCCAUCACGACAUGGGGGUUGUUAAUUAUUGUUGCGCGGAGGUGCCCCGGGCGACGGGUGAUGCGUGACGAUAUCAUACCACCCUUGUGUUUUAGUCAGCUAUUCGGGAAGGAUGGAUGGUCCCGCCGUGACUAGUUGUUUGGUUCCUGGACUGAAAUCUAGACCCCGCGACUGCCGAAGG